AAGAAAUUCAGAGCAGCUAAAGAAGCGUAUGAGAGUUUACUACAGACAGAGAAUCUUCCUGCACAGGUGAAGGCUACUACACUGCAACAACUGGGUAAGUCCUUCUCACGGUCUCUCUCGUAUAUACUACUGUCAAAGACAAUAUGUAAAUUGUUGAAAGCAAAUGCAUUACUUGUUGACAUGUCAUUUUCGUAACAUUAACCGAUAAUUUUCUUUGGAUCUUGUUGAAUAUGUUUAAAAACGUUUCGUCGUUUUUCUUUUUGGAUGGUUUCGAUAUGAAAAGUGCAGUCUUUUACAUUUUAUAGUCAUAAGUGAAAGUGAAACACAUCUUUUUCAAACUAUAGAAAUUGUUUGCUAGAACUUUGUAGAGCAGUGUCUAUAGGUGGUGUGUUUGAUGUAUUUAGUUGUCAGUAACUGACUGCAUUUGUGCCCCUUCAAAAUAGCCUAGGCUAAAUACCCUGUAAAAGUAUUGCUAAAGAUACAUUUGAAUUGAUGUCUCUAGUGCUUUGUAUUUGUUGUUGAUGGUACUAAUAUGAACCAGGUGUAUAAGGUUGAUAACACAGGGUUGCAUCAUGCAUUGUGUUCUGGGAGAUGUUGUGCACGGUAUUCCCAGCUGGACAGUUUUCCCAGAUCACUUCUUCCCUGCUCCCAUCCCUGUUUUCCCAAGUCUCUCCCAAUCCUCCAGUCUUUCUCUGCCCUGGCGUGUCCGAUGCAACAGCUCAUUAUGGUGGUGUUAGUUUGUGUACCCCAACCCCCACGCUACACACAUAACCACACACACACACACACACACACACACCUCCCCAAUGUCGUCCUCUCCAAACACACAGCUCUUGUCUUUUUUCUUGCCAGCCUCCCUGGUUAAGAAUGUUCCCUCGGUCGUAAAACCAUUCUCUCUUUCUGCCCUGACGGCCAUUCUCUCUUUCUGCCCUGACGGCGGCUCUGCCAGGGUUGUCAUGGUGACCUCUCAGCAAGGCUCGCCACAGGUGUUGAGGGGAGCGAGUGGGAAGUGUCUGUCUGUGUGUAUGCCCGUCCUUAGGGAAGUGUGUGUGUGGAGAAGGGAGGGAGCCCCAGGGGUCUUGUUUAGACCUUUGAAGACAUGGCUGGUGUGUGUAUGGAGGAGGAAUCUCCCUCCCUCCCACUUUCUGCUCUCUCCCUCCCUCUUCUUUUGAAAGCUGUAGACAGACAAGCCAUUUGGUCCGUUUAUGAGACUGGUGCUUUUACACACCAGACAGACAGAGCAGUGUCACCCCUCUGAGCCUGACAGUGUAGUGUAGUACUAUACCAGUAUAUAUUAGUGUAGUAUAAGCCACUCGAGUUUUACCAUUGUUAUCAGAACUAGCUAGCCUUGGUAAUAGACUAGCAGAAAGACCUGCUUGAUCAGUGGUGUUGAGAGUUACUAUUGCAGACAGCGAAGUGUAGGGUGUUGGUAGCUAGUGGUGCUGUUGACCAGCUAGCAGAAGGCUAGCCCUGCACCCAAACUAGUGGUGACAGCUGUUUGAUCCACCCUCCUAACUCCCCUGGACUGGUCUCCUCUAGGCUGGAUGCAUCACACAGUGGAGCAGUUAGGGGACAAAGGCACCAAGGACAGCUAUGCCAUCCAGUGUCUGCAGAAGUCGCUAGAAGCAGACCCCAACUCUGGACAGUCCUGGUACUUCCUCGGCAGGUAAGAGGCUUUCCUUUUUCUUUUGUUGACAUUUUCAUUCAUUGUGAAUUCCUGCUGGCUCUAGUUACCCUUUAGCAGGUGUGUAAGGCUCAACAGCAGUGUAUUGAAUAGGACUCUGCCCGGAAGGCAGCAAAGCUCAACAGUCUUGUCUGUUCUCGUCUACUGGGUUCAGCCCCAGUUUCACCUGUUUCACUACACUCUACAGGCCUAGACACUCUAGCUGUUUCAGAGCCUCAUUGUCUGCUCUUCUGAACGCACUGAUUAUUGAUCAGUCUACUCACUGGGAAGACAGCUCAUUCUUGUUACACAGACACCUAAAGAUGUCAUUUUAUGUAUUUUUUAUUUCAGUUUGCCUUUCUGCUAUUCCACACACUUUUAUCAUGGCUUAGGCUUACUUAUUUUAUCCACUUUAUUAUGGAUCAUUAGGGUACAGUUGACAUGGUUGGGCUAGUGCUAACCUAACGUAGCAUGUGUAAAAUAAAUGCCUGAAACUAGAUCCCCUACAUACUGGUCUUGACGAGAAUACAAAAAACUGUCGGGGGAGGUUCUCCUGCACUGCUUAACAAAUCUGGUAAAUGUGGAGGAGUUAAAGGUGUUACAUAUAGUUUUUAUUUUAUUUAAUUUUUUGCAUUGCAAUUUCUGAAAAUGUCCAUAAUAUAUCUGCAGUAAUAGUGGAAUGAUAGUGUUUCACAGUAUUACUUACCUGACGGUGUUGUGAUUGGCUGUGAUAUUCUCAUAUUGAUUUCUCCCACCGGCAUCUGACUGUGUUAGCUAGUGGAAAUCGUGUCAAGCGGCCAAUGUAGAAAUCGCGCUGUCAUUUCCUGGUUGCUAAAAUUCUACACUGUUUCGCUCAAUUUCAGUUUAUGUGAGACAACAAGCACUGAAUAAUGUAGGGAAUCAUUGUACCAUCAAAAUUGCUGUGAAAUAUAUUUUCAAUAACAAAAAAUCGUUUUUACAGCUGUUUGAAGCUGGUGGACCAAAACCAAAAGUAAAAGGCUCAAGCGUGUUAUGGGGAAAUGGGAUGUGGGGCAGGGGGAGAUUUGUUUUUAAUGCAGCUUAGUGCUGUUGCAAUUCACCUAGUUUCCACAUAGGGGAGACAUUCUAGGUGUAGCACCUUUUAAGAUGGAGUGUCGCCUUGUUAACAUCCAAAAAAGUCACAUCACAGGCUCUCUACAUUUCCCCUGAAAACCGGAACAUUGUUGGGUACUCGGCGGAGGCUAGGCUAGUGCAGCCAGUGUUGCAGUGGAUAGAUGCCCUCUUGUCUGUCAGCCCAGCCCUUUAGUCCAGGUGCUAGGAUAGGCUACAUCCUGUAGUAAAACGGAGAGCUGUAGAAUGUUGUUAUGUUAGCGACUAUGAAGCUAAUGGCUAGCAGGAGUGCUAUAGCUGGGGAGCUGCUAAAGCUUAGUGCUGAUACGGUUUGCUAUUGUUUGUAGUCUAGUGUGGUAAUGUCAGAGUAGUGCCACUCUGAAUGCAACGGCUGAGCUGUAGUCACACUGGGCUGUUUAGUCUGCUGUAUCUGGGUGUGGAGUGUUAGCUGCAGGGAAGCUAACAGCUAAUAGUUACUAGCAGACCAUAGGAAGGCUGGUACAUAUGGCACAGUUAUAUAGUCUAGCCUACUAAAUGCAAAAACUGAGGGCUGUAGCAAAACAGUGUAUGUCUGGCUGGCUAGCUCUGUCUGUUGCAGGCUGACUGUCUGUCUCUCUGACUGUCUCUGUCUAUCUCUCUGACAUGCUGUCUCUCUGACUAUCUUUGUAUUCAUAUUCAUAUUGAUAGUAACUAAGCAUAAUGUGUGUUUCUCUCCAGGUGCUACUCCAGUAUUGGGAAAGUCCAGGAUGCCUUCAUCUCCUACAGACAGUCCAUUGACAAGUCUGAGGCCAGCGCUGACACCUGGUGCUCCAUAGGGUAAGACCUGACACACUGCAGCCAGUGUACAGUGAGGGAAAAAAGUAUUUGAUCCCCUGCUGAUUUUGUACAUUUGCCCACUGACAAAGACAUGAUCAGUCUAUAAUUUUAAUGGUAGGUUUAUUUGAACAGUGAGAGACAGAAUAACAACACAAAAAUCCAGAAAAACGCAUGUCAAAAAUGUUAUAAAUUGAUUUGCAUUUUAAUGAGGGAAAUAACUAUUUGACCCCUCUGCAAAACAUGACUUAGUACUUGGUGGCAAAACCCUUGUUGGCAAUCACAGAGGUCAGACGUUUCUUGUAGUUGGCCACCAGGUUUGCACACAUCUCAGGAGGGAUUUUGUCCCACUUCUCUUUGCAGAUCUUCUCCAAGUCAUUAAGGUUUCGAGGCUAAGGUUUGGCAACUCGAACCUUCAGCUCCCUCCACAUAUUUUCUAUGGGAUUAAGGUCUGGAGACUGGCUAGGCCACUCCAGGACCUUAACGUGCUUCUUCUUGAGCCACUCCUUUGUUGCCUUGGCCGUGUGUUUUGGGUCAUUGUCAUGCUGGAAUACCCAUCCACGACCCAUUUUCAAUGUCCUGGCUGAGGGAAGGAGGUUCUCACCCAAGAUUUGAUGGUACAUGGCCCCGUCCAUCGUCCCUUUUGAUGUGGUGAAGUUGUCCUGUCCCCUUAGCAGAAAAACACCCCCAAAGCAUAAUGUUUCCAUCUCCAUGUUUGACGAUGGGGAUGGUGUUCUUGGGGUCAUAGGCAGCAUUCCUCCUCCUCCAAACACGGCGAGUUGAGUUGAUGCCAAAGAGCUCGAUUUUGGUCUCAUCUGACCACAACACUUUCACCCAGUUCUCCUGUGAAUCAUUCAGAUGUUCAUUGGAAAACUUCAGACGGGCCUGUAUAUGUGCUUUCAUGAGCAGGGGGCCCUUGCGGGCGCUGCAGGAUUUCAGUCCUUCACGGCGUACUGUGUUACCAAUUGUUUUCUUGGUGACUAUGGUCCCCGCUGCCUUGAGAUCAUUGACAAGAUCCUCCCGUGUAGUUCUGGGCUGAUUCCUCACCAUUCUCAUGAUCAUUGCAACUCCACGAGGUGAGAUCUUGCAUGGAGCCCCAGGCCGAGGCAGAUUGACAGUUCUUUUGUGUUUCUUCCAUUAGCGAAUAAUCGCACCAACUGUUGUCACCUUCUCACCAAGCUGCUUGGCGAUGGUCUUGUAGCCAAUUCCAGCCUUGUGUAGGUCUACAAUCUUGUCCCUGACAUCCUUGGAGAGCUCUUUGGUCUUGGCCAUGGUGGAGAGUUUGGAAUCUGAUUGAUUGAUUGCUUCUGUGGACAGAUGUCUUUUAUACAGGUAACAAACUGAGAUUAGGAGCACUCCCUUUAAGAGUUUGCUCCUAAUCUCAGCUCAUUACCUGUAUAAAAGACACCUGGGAGCCAGAAAUCUUUCUGAUUGAGAGGGGUCAAAUACUUAUUUCCCUCAUUAAAAUGCAAGUCAAUUUAUAACAUUUUUGCCAUGCGUUUUUCUGGAUUUUUUUGUUGUUAUUCUGUCUCUCACUGUUCAAAUAAACCUACCAUUAAAAUGAUAGACUGAUAAUUUCUUUGUCAGUGGGUAUACGUACAAAAUCAGAAGGGGAUCAAAUACUUUUUUCCCUCACUGUAUACUCACCUGUCAACUGUCUGGCUGUAGGACCCUUGGAGAAGUCAUGAAGGAUUACUCAAUCUGAUGGAGUACAGUGUUUCCCCUAUGAUUUUUUUCAGCAGAGGUGGCAAAGUUGGGGUGGGCGUGGCGGCUGUGGGCGUGGCCAAUGGCACAGUUUUAGAGGCUCUCUUGGAUGCAGAGACACAAUUUUGCGGUUUUCAAGCUAGUUUCCUGCAAUUCUACACAUUUUGCCAUGGCUUAUGCCAUGUUCUUAUGUUAUCUGAGUGAUUCAAGCAUAAUAACAAAAUCAAUGGGGGCUGUCUAGUUUUUAUUUUGGAGAUUGUUAGUUCUCAAAGAUCUUUAUUUAAAAAUAUAUAUUGCUCCAAUAUGUUUUCUACAUACUUUAUCUCUGGUUUUAGUCAUUUAAGUUUACACUGGAACUUUUUACCACCCCCUAUAUGCUAAAUGCAUAUAGGGGAAACACUGUAAUGUGUGGAUGUGAGUGUUGGCCAUAGCAAUAGGAUUGGAACAGCAGUAUUAGCCUAUGUCUCUACAGUCUUGGUGCAGUACCGUCUCAAGGGAUAACUGCAGCUGAGAGGGCCCUCAAAGGGGCUGGUCUGGACCCUAGGGGACCCUGCAGCUCCGCACUGCAACGGCAGAGGCAGAGGGGGAGUGAGGGGUCCCUAGCGAGUGAAGUAUGGAUAGACUUUGGGUGUGGCCACCUCAGGGAGAGAGUACACUAAAAACCUUGCCCCCCUCUCCCCGUCACUUAUUCUUUCUCACUUUCUCUCUUCCAUCCCCCUCUCUCUCUCUCCGUCCCUCCCCUAGUGUGUUGUACCAGCAGCAGAACCAGCCUAUGGACGCACUGCAGGCUUACAUCUGUGCAGUGCAGCUGGACCACAGUCACGCAGCUGCCUGGAUGGACCUGGGCACGCUCUACGAAUCCUGCGGGCAGCCGCACGACGCCAUCAAGUGUUACAUCAACGCCACGCGCAGCAAGGCCUGCACUAACACCGCCGCCCUCACACACCGCAUUAAACUGCUACAGGUAGGCAGGGAGAAGAGAUACACAUGCAGAGAUGUACACACACACACACACACACACACACACAUAUAUACAGUGGGGGAAAAAAGUAUUUAGUCAGCCACCAAUUGUGCAAGUUCUCCCACUUAAAAAGAUGAGAGAGGCCUGUAAUUUUCAUCAUAGGUACACGUCAACUAUGACAGACAAAAUGAGAUUUUUUUUCUCCAGAAAAUCACAUUGUAGGAUUUUUUAUGAAUUUAUUUGCAAAUUAUGGUGGAAAAUAAGUAUUUGGUCAAUAACAAAAGUUUCUCAAUACUUUGUUAUAUACCCUUUGUUGGCAAUGACACAGGUCAAACGUUUUCUGUAAGUCUUCACAAGGUUUUCACACACUGUUGCUGGUAUUUUGGCCCAUUCCUCCAUGCAGAUCUCCUCUAGAGCAGUGAUGUUUUGGGGCUGUCGCUGGGCAACACGGACUUUCAACUCCCUCCAAAGAUUUUCUAUGGGGUUGAGAUCUGGAGACUGGCUAGGCCACUCCAGGACCUUGAAAUGCUUCUUACGAAGCCACUCCUUCGUUGCCCGGGCGGUGUGUUUGGGAUCAUUGUCAUGCUGAAAGACCCAGUCACGUUUCAUCUUCAAUGCCCUUGCUGAUGGAAGGAGGUUUUCACUCAAAAUCUCACGAUACAUGGCCCCAUUCAUUCUUUCCUUUACACGGAUCAGUCGUCCUGGUCCCUUUGCAGAAAAACAGCCCCAAAGCAUGAUGUUUCCACCCCCAUGCUUCACAGUAGGUAUGGUGUUCUUUGGAUGCAACUCAGCAUUCUUUGUCCUCCAAACACGACGAGUUGAGUUUUUACCAAAAAGUUCUAUUUUGGUUUCAUCUGACCAUAUGACAUUCUCCCAAUCCUCUUCUGGAUCAUCCAAAUGCACUCUAGCAAACUUCAGACGGGCCUGGACAUGUACUGGCUUAAGCAGGGGGACACGUCUGGCACUGCAGGAUUUGAGUCCCUGGCGGCGUAGUGUGUUACUGAUGGUAGGCUUUGUUACUUUGGUCCCAGCUCUCUGCAGGUCAUUCACUAGGCGGUGUGGUUCUGGGAUUUUUGCUCACCGUUCUUGUGAUCAUUUUGACCCCACGGGGUGAGAUCUAGGGAGAUUAUCAGUGGUCUUGUAUGUCUUCCAUUUCCUAAUAAUUGCUCCCACAGUUGAUUUCUUCAAACCAAGCUGCUUACCUAUUGCAGAUUCAGUCUUCCCAGCCUGGUGCAGGUCUACAAUGUUGUUUCUGUGUCCUUUGACAGCUCUUUGGUCUUGGCCAUAGUGGAGUUUGGAGUGUGACUGUUUGAGGUUGUGGACAGGUGUCUUUUAUACUGAUAACAAGUUCAAACAGGUGCCAUUAAUACAGGUAACGAGUGGAGGACAGAGGAGCCUCUUAAAGAAGAAGUUACAGGUCUGUGAGAGCCAGAAAUCUUGCUUGUUUGUAGGUGACCAAAUACUUAUUUUCCACCAUAAUUUGCAAAUAAAUUCAUAAAAAAUCCUACAAUGUGAUUUUCUGGAAAAAAAAAUCUCAAUUUGUCUGUCAUAGUUGACGUGUACCUAUGAUGAAAAUUACAGGCCUCUCUCAUCUUUUUAAGUGGGAGAACUUGCACAAUUGGUGGCUGACUAAAUACUUUUUUUUCCCCCACUGUGUGUGUGUGUGUGUGUGUAUAUAUAUAUAUAUAUAUAUAUAUAUAUAUAUAUAUAUAUAUAUAUAUAUAUAUAUAUAUAUAUAUAUAUAUAUAUAUAUAUAUAUAUAUAUAUAUAUAUAUAUAUAUAUAUAUAUAUAUUAUAUAUAUAUAUACAUAUACAUACAGUGGGGAGAACAAGUAUUUGAUACACUGCCGAUUUUGCAGGUUUUCCUAUUUACAAAGCAUGUAGAGGUCUGUAAUUUUUAUCAUAGGUACACUUCAACUGUGAGAGACGGAAUCUAAAACCCAGAAAAUCACAUUGUAUGAAUUUUAAGUAAUUCAUUUGCAUUUUAUUGCAUGACAUGAGAAUUUUAUACAUCAGAAAAGCAGAACUUAAUAUUUGGUACAGAAAACUUUGUUUGCAAUUACAGAGAUCAUACGUUUCCUGUAGGUCUUGACCAGGUUUGCACACACUGCAGCAGGGAUUUUGGCCCACUCCUCCAUACAGACCUUCUCCAGAUCCUUCAGGUUUCGGGGCUGUCGCUGGGCAAUACGGACUUUCAGCUCCCUCCAAAGAUUUUCUAUUGGGUUCAGGUCUGGAGACUGGCUAGGCCACUCCAGGACCUUGAGAUGCUUCUUACAGAGCCACUCCUUAGUUACCCUGGCUGUGUGUUUCGGGUCGUUGUCAUGCUGGAAGACCCAGCCACGACCCAUCUUCAAAGCUCUUACUGAGGGAAGGAGGUUGUUGGCCAAGAUCUCGCGAUACAUGGCCCCAUCCAUCCUCCCCUCAAUACGGUGCAAUCGUCCUGUCCCCUUUGCAGAAAAGCAUCCCCAAAGAAUGAUGUUUCCACCUCCAUGCUUCACCGUUGGGAUGGUGUUCUUGGGGUUGUACUCAUCCUUCUUCUUCCUCCAAACACGGCGAGUGGAGUUUAGACCAAAAAGCUCUAUUUUUGUCUCAUCAGACCACAUGACCUUCUCCCAUUCCUCCUCUGGAUCAUCCAGAUGGUCAUUGGCAAACUUCAGACGGGCCUGGACAUGCGCUGGCUUGAGCAGGGGGACCUUGGGUGCGCUGCAGGAUUUUAAUCCAUGACGGCGUAGUGUGUUACUAAUGGUUUUCUUUGAGACUGUGGUCCCAGCUCUCUUCAGGUCAUUGACCAGGUCCUGCCGUGUAGUUCUGGGCUGUUCCCUCACCUUCCUCAUGAUCAUUGAUGCCCCACGAGGUGAGAUCUUGCAUGGAGCCCCAGACCGAGGGUGAUUGACCGUCAUCUUGAACUUCUUCCAUUUUCUAAUAAUUGCACCAACAGUUGUUGCCUUCUCACCAAGCUGCUUGAUUAUUGUCCUGUAGCCCAUCCCAGCUUUGUGCAGGUCUACCAUUUUAUCCCUGAUGUCCUUACACUGCUCUCUGGUCUUGGCCAUUGUGGAGAGGUUGGAGUCUGUUUGAUUGAGUGUGUGGACAGGUGUCUUUUAUACAGGUAACGAGUUCAAACAGGUGCAGUUAAUACAGGUAAUGAGUGGAGAACAGGAGGGCUUCUUAAAGAAAAACUAACAGGUCUGUGAGAGCCGGAAUUCUUACUGGUUGGUAGGUGAUCAAAUACUUAUGUCAUGCAAUAAAAUGCAAAUUAAUUACUUAUUAAUCAUACAAUGUGAUUUUCUGGAUUUGUCUCUCACAGUUGAAGUAUACCUAUGAUAAAAAUUACAGACCUCUACAUGCUUUGUAAGUAGGAAAACCUGCAACAUCGGCAGUGUAUCAAAUACUUGUUCUCCCCGCUGUAUAUAUAUACGCACACACACACACACAUGCACACACACAUGCACACACCAACCAAACAGUAACAAAAGAUUUCAGCUGGCCCUUUUCUGUUAAACGUUGUGGUGUGUAUUGGGUUGUUUUGUGCUUUGUUGUGUUGUGGUGUAUCAUGCAAGUGUUUUUAAGAGCUCUAUUUUGUACAUUUGUUUAUUGUUUAUUUUACGGACUGUGAUGUAAUUCUGUGAUUUUUGAUUUGACUCAUUGAGAUAUGAACACUGAUUCAUAUUGAUGCGAUACUACACAUUCUCAUCAGUAAUCGUAAAGACAAUCUCAUGGCAUUGCCCAUUCUUUGAGUGAUUCUUUUCAUUUGACUUUAUCUCAUCUCUGAAGAGGCUGUAUUUCAUGUACAAUUACCUAUACUAUAACUGAUUGACUUAGUAGAUAAUAUUACAGUACUAUACUCCACAAGGUGCUCAGUCCGUAGUGUCAGUGGAUUGUCCUACCGUACCUUAAACCAGUACUGAAAUGUGUCUUUUACGCCAUUUCCUCCUAUAGGCUCAGUUGUGUAACCCUCAGCCAGGUAGUCUUGCAGGGGGGAAGGGUACUAAAAUGCUUCCUAGUAUUGAGGAGGCGUGGAGCCUGCCCAUCCCCGCUGAGCUCACCUCCAGACAGGGGGGCCUGAACACUGCAGCAGGCAGCCCAGGGUCACAGACACAGCAGCAGCAGGUGAGACCACAAGAGACCCCCCCCCCCAACACCUCCCCAGCCCAAACAGAUACUACUACUGCCUAACCUGUCCUGGUGCAUCUCAAUAGUCUUCUCCUUUUCUCUCCUCUCAUUGGCACUGAUCGGAAAACUCAUGAUAGGUGAAAUACAGUGGAUGCCCACUGGCAAUAUUUGCAUUCAACUGUCUAGAAACGUUUGCAUCAGUACAGAAAGAGCAAAGGAGUUGAGACGAGAGAAUCGUCCUCACUAACACUAACCUCACAUACAGUAGAUUUAGUAGAUGUAAUUCUCUGUGUGGUUCCUAAUACAACAGUACAAGUCAUCAGUCAAUGGUACUCUCACUCACCCAUCAACUCUGUUUAAAUAUGACAUGCACAGAAUGAAUGGAAACUACUGAUAUGUUAUUGUUAUAUGUUAGUGACACUGAAUGAUAUCUGAUGAAUUCUCAACUUGCCUGCCUUGCCUUUUUUUCUUGGACGACCGUUUGACAUUAAAACUACCUUGGCACCAAAGGUUUGAUGGCAAACGGUGGUAACCCAAAUAUUUAAUUUCCUUACAUUUCAUAUCAAAUUCAUCUCAUUCCUCCUGCCAAGAAAAAAGACAAGACUGUCACACACUGUUGGCUCUGAGAUUCCUGAUUAGAAGUAUCAAUUAGGUUGUUGUCGGGGUUGUGGUAUCUGUUCUUAGUCCAAACCCUCUACACAUAAUAACAGAACCAUCCUCCCCCCUCCUUUCCUGCCUCUCCCAAUAACCCUCCUCCCCCUCUCCCCCAUAACCCUCCUCUCCUGCCUCUCCCCCAGGCGUCUAAGUCCCACCAGGGUGGUGAGGGAGGCCAGGUCCAAACGCACGUCUCCCCCCAUCCCAGCCACACUGAUGGACAGGCCAGCCCCGCCAAGAGGAAACGUACCGCCAGCCCGGCUAAGGUAUGGUUCAGUCUUUAACAAUGUUCCUUCCAUUUUUUUCCGGCACUGAGCAAAUUUCAGGUCUGCUGAGCGCAAACUUGAACGCUGUAAAGAUUCUGUGCAACUUCUGGCCCGCAUAUACUGUGAACACUGAGGCUGUACCCGCUUUAAGUUAGUUAUAACAGUGGCCAAGUAGGCUACUGUGGCUAUUUGAUCAUAAUGUAGGCCUAUCAGAGUGGCCUACCAUAAAAAAACAAUGGAGAAAAUGCAUCCCAUAACAUUUAAAAUGGAAAUAGCUGUUCUAUCAUUCCUUCAGCCUACAGUAGUAGCCAAUGUGUGGUGUUCAAUGUAGGCCUAUAUUCCAUGAGACUUUUGAAAAAAACAUGUAGGGAUUGACAUUAAGCUGUUUAUCCAGUUGUCCUUCAGACAAGGAGGUAACUGAAAAUGUUGUUGAAGAAACUACUUUACAAAAUAAAAUGCAUUAUUAUUCCCAUACCAUUAUUACAGAGAAUCCGACAAAUUAUGCUACCCUCUGCCUAUUGGCUACUUAGCUUAUUCAACACUGCCCCAAAAUACAACACUGCCCCUUACAGAAAAAAAGCUCUUUACCUGACUUGCUUUUCAAAGAUGGCUAGAAAUGCACGUUUUGUGCUCUUGUUGGAAGCAACCACUCCCCCAUUGCUGACUAGAAAUUAGAUAUAACUGGGCUAAUAACUCACUAGCAAAGAAUAUGAACAAAUAUACACACCUGGCUACAUGCAGUUCUUGCUUUGAUCUCAAAACAACUGCAUUUACUCACGACCACUCAUGCUGUAAACACAGUCCAGUUCAAAGUGAAUGGCACAGAUCCAUAUGUACAAUGGUCUAUUUGCAUAUAGGGAUACUGCAGCUCUGAUUGGUUAUGGCGCACCGGUCUGUGUAGAGUACGGGCCUGAGUCAUGACUGUCAAUGCAAUCGAAUCCUACUCCAAUGCGCUCUGCCUACAAGAAAAUCUCUUGCAUAGUUCGUUUUGUUUCGGUAUGUUGCAUUGAAAGUGGCUAAUAUUGCGUUGAUUCGAUCACAAUUUGCACAGUAGAGGGAAACGUUGAUAGUGUUAACUAAAGGGGAAAACUAGAAAGUUGAGUGAAGUUCAAUCUCGUGCUUCUCUGCGCGGGCUGAUAUUUCUGCAGUCCUGGGGGAGCUGCACGCAGCUUAGAGGGACCAUUGGUCCUUAACCCAGCCUAAUCUCAGAACCCAGAACCAAAUGUCUGUCACGCCAACUGACCCUAUACCAGCUUUGUGAAAGCAAAUAGGAAUGAUGCUGAAAUUGUUACAAGCUUUAUUGCCAAGUAUCUCUCUCUGAUCCCACAGAGUGCUGUGGACUCGUGGACAAACCACCCGGUACAACAGCAGAUCCCCAGCUGGUACCUAACACCACAGAAGCUACAGGUGGGUUCUGCUCUUCCAAUCAAACCAUACCAGUGUCUGAUUCUAAUCAAAUGAGUCAGACCUGAACUGUAUUUGUUACAUGUGAGUCAUUUUACAGACUCUACAGCCCUUCUCCAAAGCAACUUUGCAGUAUAAAGCAACUUGCGUACUGAAUAGUAAGCAUAAAAAGCCAUAAGCAAAACACUUCAGAAUGUAAAUAGUUAACGAUGGUUCUAAAUGUCAUUACAUUUCCGUCCUCUUCUAGCUCCUGGAUCAGCUCCGGACCAACCGUGCCAGUCUGAAACCACCACAGGUGCAGAUGCUGGACCAGCUGGAAAACCAGUUCUCCCUCAUGCAGCAGCAUCAACAUCAGGUACACACACUCACUGACACCUGGGGCUUUAUGUAUAACUUCAGCCAGCAUUCCCCUCCACUAUGUAAAGACAUUUGGAGUGAUAUAGAUAAGCAAACACCACACAUUUUUGUAUAAACAGUAUUCAAACUGUUCUGUCUCGCUCCCAUCACCCCUUUAAUUGGCUAGGUGAGACAGCAGGCUGCAGGACAGUUGCGGCCCACCCUACCCAAUGGCCCCUCGCUGUCCCCAAACUCCCUCCCCUCCCCUCACCCCCUCUCCCGGACUUCACCCGUCAGUCAAACCACAGCCCGCCCCCCCUGCACUGCUCAGCCAAUGGCCAACAUACCUUUAUCUUCAAGUCCCCUUGGGCGGCGAGGCAAUCCAGAGGCGGGAACUGUGGGCAAUAAUCGCACUCCCGGUCUACCGGGUGCAGGGACGUUACCGGGCGGUCUAAUGGGAGGUGGCGGGAGUAACGGAAACAUGCCUUACCUACAGCAGAACUGUCUACCUCACAACUGCACAGCCACCAGUACCAGUAAUCUCAGUACCCCCACCAGCAACAACACCAGUCACAGCAGUAAUAAUACCAGUAAUGCAGAGGAGGCCUGGAAGAGCCAGCAACGCACCAACUCCACUCAGGUACAUAUCUCUUUGUUUCAGUCUCUCUUUAAUUCUGACUAGUUCUUUAUCUCGCUCUCACUUUCACUCUUGUUCUUUCUUGCUUGCUAACUGUCUAUCUGUAUCUAUGUUGUAGGGAUGUAACUUUUCACCGAUAUGCAUCGGUCCCCGAUUCAAAUGUUAAAGAUAAGACUGCAUCGGUCCGCAGACCCCUAACCGAUCCAAAUGUAGCAUGCAUCGGGCGGUCAGGAAAUCUAUUUAAAUGUUACUAAUUGCCAAUUCAUUAAAAUGUUUUGCUCAUAUUACUUUCUUUCUAACUUCCGAAAAUACCUCCCAUCUUUUGUGACAAUUGAUGCGGCCUUCCCUUCAGUGUCGAACUAAGCAUAUAACUGUUGAGUCAUUGAUCUACAAGUCAUUUUUGCAUGCCGAACAACCCUAGGUAAUAUCAGUAGCCUAAUGAAACUGUGCACUGUUCCCAGCUCCGUGCACUGACCAACGCGAGGUAGGCAGCCUGUUCCUGAUCUUGCACAUCUGCGCGGCACCUUAAGCAUUCAAAUGCUAAAAUGGCUAGCCUGAUAUUAAGCUUUAUUAGUUGAGUGACAACUUGCUAGGUUAUUGUUACCAAUGCACUAUUAUAAACUGGGUGGUUUGAGCCCUGAAUGCUGAUUAGCUGACAGCCGUGGUAUAUCAGACUCUAUACCACGGGUAUGACAAAACAUGUAUUUUUACUGCUCUAAUUAUGUUGGUAAGCAGUUUAUAAUAGCAAUAAGGCACCUCGGGGGGUUGUGAUAUAUGGCCAAUAUACCACAGCUAAGGCCGGUGUCCAGGCACUCUGCAUUGCAUCGUGCGUAAGAACAGUCUUUAGCCGUGGUAUAUUGGCCAUAUACCACACCCCCUCGGGCAUUAUUGCUUAAUUGACAAUGGUGUUAUAAAAGUAAGCUACUGGAGAGACAACUCUCAUCUGGCUAUACCUGCUGAACGGGGCUUACAAUCAUUUUAUUUUGAUUGUUCAGGUUCACCAUCCGCAAUAGUUUCGGUCGUUUUGCUUUAAACAAUCAGUGUACAGCAAACAUUAGGAACACCUUCCUAAUAUUGAGUUGCGAUUUUGAGAUGGGGGGGUGAAAUCCAAAAUCCAUUCAAGGAGAUGCACACAAACGCAGAAGUCAGCGCAGACAGAUCCAGCUCAUGAGCUCAAUCAGCAGCAGAUUUUAAUUUAGAAUGGAAAAUGUUUAUGCAGCAAAAUGUUAGUGAAUCGUAUCGCAUCAAACCGAAUAAUUUCAAACUAAAACGUAUUGUUCCUGUAUCGGAGCCCAUGCAUCUAGCUAGAUACAGUGGGGAGAACAAGUAUUUGAUACACUGCCGAUUUUGCAGGUUUUCCUACUUACAAAGCAUGUAGAGGUCUGUAAUUUUUAUCAUAGGUACACUUCAACUGUGAGAGACGGAAUCUAAAACAAAAAUCCAGAAAAUCACAUUGUAUGAUUUUUAAGUAAUUAUUUUGCAAUGUAUUGCAUGACAUAAGUAUUUGAUACAUCAGAAAAGCAGAACUUAAUAUUUGGUACAGAAACCUUUGUUUGCAAUUACAGAGAUCAUACGUUUCCUGUAGGUCUUGACCAGUUUGGCACACACUGCAGCAGGGAUUUUGGCCCACUCCUCCAUACAGACCUUCUCCAGAUCCUUCAGGUUUCGGGGCUGUCGCUGGGCAAUACGGACUUUCAGCUCCCUCCAAAGAUUUUCUAUUGGGUUCAGGUCUGGAGACUGGCUAGGCCACUCCAGGACCUUGAGAUGCUUCUUACGGAGCCACUCCUUAGUUGCCCUGGCUGUAUGUUUUGGGUCGUUGUCAUGCUGGAAGACCCAGCCACGACCCAUCUUCAAUGCUCUUACUGAGGGAAGGAGGUUGUUGGCCAAGAUCUCACGAUACAUGGCCCCAUCCAUCCUCCCCUCAAUACGGUGCAGUCGUCCUGUCCCCUUUGCAGAAAAGCAUCCCCAAAGAAUGAUGUUUCCACUUCCAUGCUUCACGGUUGGGAUGGUGUUCUUGGGGUUGUACUCAUCCUUCUUCUUCCUCCAAACACGGCGAGUGGAGUUUAGACCAAAAAGCUCUAUUUUUGUCUCAUCAGACCACAUGACCUUCUCCCAUUCCUCCUCUGGAUCAUCCAGAUGGUCAUUGGCAAACUUCAGACGGGCCUGGACAUGCGCUGGCUUGAGCAGGGGGACCUUGGGUGCGCUGCAGGAUUUUAAUCCAUGACGACGUAGUGUGUUACUAAUGGUUUUCUUUGAGACUGUGGUCCCAGCUCUCUUCAGGUCAUUGACCAGGUCUUGCCGUGUAGUUCUGGGCUGAUCCCUCACCUUCCUCAUGAUCAUUGAUGCCCCACGAGGUGAGAUCUUGCAUGGAGCCCCAGACCGAGAGUGAUUGACCGUCAUCUUGAACUUCUUCCAUUUUCUAAUAAUUGCGCCAACAGUUGUUGCCGUCUCACCAAGCUGCUUGCCUAUUGUCCUGUAGCCCAUCCCAGCCUUGUGCAGGUCUACAAUUUUAUCCCUGAUGUCCUUACACAGCUCUCUGGUCUUGGCCAUUGUGGAGAGGUUGGAGUCUGUUUGAUUGAGUGUGUGGACAGAUGUCUUUUAUACAGGUAACGAGUUCAAACAGGUGCAGUUAAUACAGGUAAUGAGUGGAGAACAGGAGGGCUUCUUAAAGAAAAACUAACAGGUCUGUGAGAGCUGGAAUUCUUAAUGGUUGGUAGGUGAUCAAAUACUUAUGUCAUGCAAUAAAAUGCAAAUUAAUUACUUAAAAAUCAUACAAUGUGAUUUUCUGGAUUUUUGUUUUAGAUUCCGUCUCUCACAGUUGAAGUGUACCUAUGAUAAAAAGUACAGACCUCUACAUGCUUUGUAAGUAGGAAAACUGCAAAAUCGUCAGUGUAUCAAAUACUUGUUCUCCCCACUGUACGUAGCGAAUCCUCUUGAAAGGGAAAGGUGCAUAUCCCUGCUAUCUUGUGAAUUCUCUAUUGCUCCCUCUUUCACUCAACCUCCUUUUUUUUGCUCUGACUUGGUCUGUCACUUCCUUUCUUGUUUUGCAUCUCAUUAACUGUCUUGACCCUCAUAUCUGAUCAGUCUUAGUUUUUUUUCUCCUCUCUAUCCAGGGGCUUCACAAAGGUCCAGGUUCACAUUCGGCAGGUCCCAAUGGAGAACACCCUUUCUCUUCUCCCUCCUCCCAUCCCUCACAGGCCGCUGGCUCCGGUGAUCAAAUUCUAAAUCAGGUCGGACAUUCCACCGGGCCCUGCCCUGCCUCCUCUUCCUCCUUCUCCUCUUCGCUCCAGAGGGGCGGUGCCCCCAACCACCUCCACUCCGCCACCACUACCUCAGGGGCCCAAACCAAAGAGGCAACGCCUUCAGGAAGCAACAGCAGCAGUAGAUUGGCUACCACCGCAGGAACGUCGCUCAGUCCCGGUACCACCGCCCCUACGCAGGGAUUGGCUAAUCACAUCCAGCAGGGGGCGGUGACUACCACAGACAGCUCGUGGAGCCAAUCCCAGCCCGGCUCUCCUCCUCCGGGCACACUCAGUUCAGACAAUCCUCAACUCUCAGCCUUGCUCACGGGAAAAGCCAGUAAUAAGGAUGUUACUAACCACAAUAAGAAUAAUAAUCACGGUGGUGUUAAUCAAGGAGCCACCAUGGACAAUAACAUCAAGGUAAACAACAUCCACCCCGGUGUCCACCACAGAGGUCCCAAACCCCUGUCGGAACACUCUGUGGCCUCCUCGCCCCUCUCAGCCAUGUCCGCCUCCACCCCCUCCCCCCCACGCUUCACCGACCCCCACCCCCCCACAGCCUAUAGCCUCACCAGCCUUAUCAGCAGCCCGUCCAACAGCGGGACCACCGGUACCGCCACCACUACCCCACAGGUCAACGGUAAGGGGCUAGAGGACUCUCGGAGCCCAGUGAAGGUGUUUCACAGCAGGCCGGCCCUGGCCCCAUGGUCCUCAGUCUCCAUCUACCCCAGCUCCAGCCAGGUGCUCAAAGCAUGCAGGUAGGACAUCAUAUCCUUCUGUCCCAUCAGUCACAUUUCAUUUGCAGCCUUUUAAGUGCUUUUUUAAAGAAGUGUAUGGCCAUAGGAGGGAUGUUUCAAAUGCUAUGUGUUCUAAUGCAAUGUAGUGUCUUUUCCUUGUAAAUGCCAUACCAACUAGAGCAGUGAUAUUCAAACUUUUUCAGCCGGGACCUCGUUUUUUCUCCCCAGAAUAUCUGGGGACCCCAUUUUUGGGCUGGAAUUUGACUCCAAAUCUAAUGACACAACCUUCAAAUCUGCAAAUAACCGUAAAUUCAUUAUUUUCAUCUCCUAUCAAAAUGAAAAGAAACCAAUAAAUACAUUUACUUAUUUUCUUCCUUCAAAUUAGCUUUCUUGUAUAUUGUCCCAUACAACAAUCUGUACUCUUAAUGUUAUGUUCCAAUUUUGGCGACCCCACUGCAAUUCCCCCGCCAGCUCAACUUUUAAUACCCUGAACUAGAGUCAACUGUCUGUGUCAUAUGGAGUUUACUGUGGUGGUCUCUGCUGACUGUUUGUUUUUGGUGAGAAAGCUGACUGUUUGGUUUGAGUUGCCACUUGAAGGUCUUGGUGCUGUAGCUGUCCAGCCUGGCCGUAUUGGCCAGUUAGCCCCUAGCCUGGCCUGGCCUGUUUCAGUUCUGGGCUGCCAAAUAGUUUAUUUGUGGCCCACAGACUGUGGGGAGUGUGCUCUGAUGUAGGUCAGGCCAUCAGUGGGUUGGAGAGAUGUUGUGCUGAUGACUAGGUAGGUGGCUAAUGUUUCCAAAGGGGUAUAUAUGGUGUGUACAGCGAGUGGCCAGUAACUGACAUGGCUGUAGAGCUACUGACCAGUAAGCCAUGUGUACACAACCUGAGCCAUAGGUGUUAUUCUACUGUACAUAUGACUAUAGCUUCGGUGAACCGCUACUCUAGGCUUCUUUCUCUUACUGAGCCUCAUAGUACAGGUUCCAGUUUUUCUGUUUUAACGGUGAUCUGUUUUAAUUGUGCUCCACAGUGCUUGUCUGUCUAGAUUCCAGACUCAUUGUGUUGGCUUGUGCUGCUGCUAUUAGCUGAAACAUGGUUCAUCUCAGUGUCAUUGAGCAGCCAGACAUGAUCUCUAUCUCUCUCUAUUCCCCCCCCCCCCCCCCCGUUCCUAUGUCUUUAGGAACCUGGGGAAGAACGGCCUGUCCAACAGCAGUAUCCUCCUGGAAAAGUGUCCCCCGCCCAGACCACCUCCGCCACCCUCUCCGUCACUGCCAAAGGACAAACUCAACCCCCCCACACCCAGCAUCUACGUGAGUAUACAGCCAGAAGGGUUUUUCAUCAUGUCUUGUUUGUUGGGAUUUCAUUACUUUUUACUUGCAAAAGUAAAUGUUGUUUUCAUCCUGAAGUUUGUAGUUGCGUCCAUCGCUGUCCCAGGAAAACCCCUGUGGCAAAGAUCUUAGACUUCAUUAGAACUGUCUAGUUUGCAAGUCAAAAGUCUAAUCUGUGUGUGUUUCUCUCCCGUGGUGUAUAGCUGGAGAAUAAGAGGGAUGCGUUCUUCCCUCCACUCCAUCAGUUCUGUACCAACCCCUCCAACCCUGUCACCGUCAUCAGAGGGCUGGCCGGGGCGCUCAAACUGGGUGAGUUUUACACACACACACACACACUGAUGGUAAUCCUAUACUGUCAUUACACACUACUGCUGGGGGCAUUACACUUUGCUUACACACUCUAGCAAAACAAACAUUAGUCUUCUGUCUAGUCCUGAUUGGGAUCUCAUUAGAAUUUUGCUUGAACGUUUCUCCCCUAAGGACAGAAAUAAAAGCUUUGUGUGUCGGUACGCACUCAUUUGCUUAUGUGUGUGAGGGUGUGUGUGCUUGCGCUCAUUCACUCGCUCACAGGCUUGGGUGGGUGGGGGUGUGGGUGUUGAACAACUUAACGUGUUGAACAACUUAACAUGUAUGACAACAGCACCACCUGCAAGCAGAGAGUGUCAUUACAUGUACAGUAAUAUAGCAUCUGAAGUAAAGUAGCUAACUGCUGCCAAGAAAAGCUAUUGGCUCCCUCACUUCAUCAGCUAGCUCACUACUGCAUCACUGUGCUGUAGCACACCACACACACACACUAGAAACUCACUCUGAAUCAUUGGAUGGAUAAAUAGCUUUUAGUUCAUUAAGCUAGUUCUUCUGAACUCUGUGUUUUACUGCUCUGGGAAAGACUGUGCAGCCAUAGCCGAAAUUGGCUGAUUUUCACUGACAGAUGUUUUGUUGUUGCCCAUGCCAGUUGGGAGUGGUACUAAACAUCACAUUUACCUUUUUUCCACCCUUCUUUCUCUCCCUCCAUCCUUCUCUCCCUUCAUCCUUCUCUCCCUCCAUCCUUCUCUCCACCCCUCUCCCACCAUCCUCCCUCCAUCCCACCCUUCUCCCCCCUCCCCUCUGUCAGACCUGGGUCUGUUCUCCACUAAGACCCUGGUGGAGGCAAACCCAGACCACCUGGUGGAGGUGCGGACCCAGCUGUCUCAGCCCACCGACGAGAACUGGGACCUGAGUGGCACAAGGAAGAUGUGGCGCUGUCAGAGCAGCCAAUCACACACCACCAUUGCCAAGUAUGCCCAGUACCAGGCCUCGUCCUUCCAGGAGUCACUACGGGUUAGUAGAGGGAGAUGUACGCACACACACACACACAUACACAAAACCACCACCAUCAUUGCCAAACACACUCAAUACAAGGCCUUGUUGAAUAGAAAGUUUUGAGUGGUAUGUUUUGUGUGGGGUCAUUUAAGGUUACCGAGACGCACUCACCCACAGGCUCCUGUUCUCUGAGUGGUGUGUGUUCACUGGGCUGAGACGAACCCUUGUCAGGGAGCUGUCAGACAGUCACUGAAUAUUCACAUGGUCACUCCUGACGUAGCUUUGUCACUUAAACAGAAAAUCUUCCCGGCUUAGAAUGUUUGUUAUACUGCUAUCCAUUUACUGAAAUCACACAAUGAACAGCUCCAAAUAAACCUAUAUUAAAUGUAUUUUCCAGGAGGAGAAUGAGAAGAAGAAGGAGCUGGAGGCAGAGGCAGCCAAUGCAGAGAGGUACGACGUCUCUCUCUGUCUGUCUGUAGGCAUGCAUUGUGUGAUAUCUCUCUGCUCUGUCUAAACUACAUCUCCCAUGAUCCCACAGUGCGACGCGGCGGAGGAAAGGGCCCUUCAAACACAUCAAGUUUGGCACCAACAUCGACCUGUCUGACGAGAGAAAGUAAGUGUUCCACCCAAUAUUAUGUGGUUCUGUUCAUGAAAUAGACUACUGAUGUUUUGUCUUUAAUAUGACAAUUUUCAUAUAAACAAGAUUAUAGCCUGGUCCCAAAACAACCCUUGUCCUUUCACCUAUCCAGUCCCUUCAGAUUUAUAAACACAGAAGGCGUAUGUCCUAGGUAGAAGGACUGGGCAUUGGUAUCAUAAAGAGGAUCCCUCAGGUUGGGAGCGGUGUGUGUCUGUGCUGUAGUGUUGACCUCUGACCCUUGCUCUGUGACCUCCUCCCAGGUGGAAGCUGCAGCUGCAGGAGCUCAGUAAGCUGCCAGCCUUUGCCAGGGUGGUGUCUGCUGGCAACCUGCUCAGCCACAUAGGACACACCAUCCUGGGCAUGAACACUGUCCAGCUCUACAUGAAGGUCCCCGGGAGCAGGACGCCAGGUUAGACACACACAGCGAGAGGCACACAUGCCGCAGAGACACCCACCCACAUGCAUUAACACACACGUCCACACACAUAAUGUUUUCUUCUAGUAACUGUACUGUGUUUUGUUUUACAAGGUAUUUGUGUCUUGUCUUUUAGGUCACCAGGAGAACAACAAUUUCUGUUCAGUGAACAUCAACAUUGGCCCGGGGGACUGUGAGUGGUUUGCUGUGCCCGAACAUUACUGGGGAAUCAUCAACGACUUCUGUGAAAAGUACGUAAACAAAUAUCUCCUACCUCUAACCCAAAACAAAGUUGAUAUGCUACCUCUGUCUCUUUACAGCCAGUGCAGUCUGUAAGGUUAGAGAUGUCUUAACUCAAGUCUAACUCCGAUUUAAGUGGUGUACUUGGCACCAAUAAAAGGAAAGUGAAUAUCUCGUCUUUUCAUUCAUUGCAAAUGUACAUUUUAUUUUUUAUUUUUGAACUACCCAGAGUAUGAGUAGGGGUCUUCAGAGUAUGAGCGAGUGUCCAUGUGCGUCCUCUGUUUCUAAGAUCGGAUGUGUGUGUCUGUCCUGCAGGAACAACAUAAACUUCCUGAUGGGCUCAUGGUGGCCCAACCUGGAGGACCUGUACGAGGCAGACGUCCCUGUCUACCGCUUCAUCCAGCGUCCCGGAGACCUGGUGUGGCUCAACACAGGCACCGUCCACUGGGUCCAGGCCAUCGGCUGGUGCAACAACAUCGCCUGGAACGUAGGACCUCUCACC